AUGGGCGGCGCGGGAGACGACAUCUACGGCCAGGUCGAGUACAAGGUGCUGAGCCUCGCCCAGCUCGAGGGGCAGCAGCGCGACGCGGUCAACUACGUCCAGGACAUGCUUCAGCUCAAACCCGAGUCGGCCGCCGUCCUCCUGCGCUACUUCAACUGGAAGAAGGACAAGCUCGUCGAGACGUACAUGGAGGACGCCGAGGGCACGCUCGCCAAGGCGGGCAUCCACGAGGGCGGCGCUCAGCCGCGGCUCAAGCGCGUGCGCGGCUUCGUGUGCGACGUGUGCUACGACGACGCGACCAAGGAGACGCUCGCCAUGAGCUGCGACCACCGCUUCUGCAAGGACUGCUACUCGCACUACAUCUCGAGCAAGGUGACGGACGAGGGCGAGAGUCGGCGCAUCGAGUGCAUGGCCGGCGACUGCAACGUCAUCGUCGACGAGAAGACGGUCGAGCUCCUCGUCCCGCCCGACAUCCUCGCGCGCUACCGCACGCUCCUCAACCGCACCUACGUCGACGACAACCCGCGCAUGCGGUGGUGCCCGGCGCCCAACUGCGAGUUUGCGCUCCAGUGCGCCGUCGCGCCGCGCUCGCUCGACACGAUCAUCCCGACGGUCCAGUGCGCGUGCGGGCGCGUGUUUUGCUUCGGGUGCCAGGUCCUCGACGACGGCGACCACCGCCCGUGCUGCUGCCCGAUCGUGCGCCGGUGGGUCAAGAAGUGCAAGGACGACUCGGAGACGAGCAACUGGAUCUCGGCAAACACAAAGGAGUGCAACAAGUGCCACUCGACGAUCGAGAAGAACGGCGGGUGCAACCACAUGACGUGCAAGAAGUGCAAGUGGGAGUUCUGCUGGGUGUGCAUGGGGCCCUGGAGCGAGCACGGCACCCAGUGGUACAACUGCUCGCGGUACGAGGAAAAGGGCGACGUCAACAACAAGGACGCGCAGAGCAAGAGUCGCGCACAGCUCGAGCGCUACCUUCACUACUACAACCGGUUCGCCAACCACGAGCAGUCGAUCCGGCUCGAGGCCGACCUGUACGCGCGCACCGAGAAGAAGAUGGACGAGCUCCAGGAGCACUCGACCCUGUCGUGGAUCGAGGUCCAGUUCCUCGCAAAGGCCGUCGAGACGCUCGGCAAGGUGCGCACCGUCCUCAAGUGGACCUACGCCAUGGCCUUCUACCUCGAGCGCAACAACCACACGAUCAUGUUCGAGGACAACCAGAACGACCUCGAGCAAGCGGUCGAGUCGCUGUCCGAGCUGCUCGAGCGCCCGCUCGAGGAGGACAAGAUUGCCGCGCUGCGCCAGCAGACGACCGACAAGACGGUCUACGUCGCCAAGCGGUGCAAGGUCCUCCUCGACGACACGCUCCAGGGCUACGAGGACGAGCGCUGGGUGUGGCAGGAGCCCAUCAAGCUCUGA